AUGCGUUUCACCACCCUCCUCACUUCCGUCGUCGCUGGCGUGGCCGGGGCGUCCCCCGCCGCCCGCUCGGCCAAGUCCAGCACUGCCGUUCAGCCUCAAGAGCGCGAAUUCUGCGUCGCUAUGUGCAUUGCCACGGCGUGCGCUGGCACCGGGCCCGCCGGCCCCGUACUCUGCGCGGCCUGCAUUGUCGAGUGCCUCGGCACGGCCGAUGAUGGCGGCCCGGUUGUUCUUGACCCUGUCGUCCUCGACAAAGAGUUAAUCGAGACGGUUGAGGGGUAUACCACUCAUGGUGCCCAGGUCUAA